AAUUUAAAACAAAAAACUUCAAAUAUGGACUGAUUCAAAGGAAUAUUUCCAACUUAGUUGAGUUAGAUUCCACUUUUAUAACCAAUCCGAUUAAUUGUGAGAUAUAGGAUAUUGAUACGUGUGUGUGAAAGAACGUAGCAAAGAUGUCAGGACCAGAAUGUUGCUCAAAUCCACCAACUCUGAAUCCAAAUGCAGGAACUGGUCACGUUGACAAGUUGGGUGCUCUGAAUGCUUAUAUCACCGGAUCUCCUAAUUCCAAUUCCGCUGUUCUUCUCGUCUCCGAUAUUUUUGGAUAUGAAGCGCCAAAUUUAAGGAAGCUUGCAGACAAAGUUGCAGCUGCUGGUUAUUAUGUUGCUGUUCCUGACUUCUUUAAUGGCGAUCCCUACAAUCCCGAGAACCCUGAUAGGCCAUUGCCUAUUUGGUUAAAAGAUCAUGGGACGGAUAAAGGUUUUGAAGAUGCAAAACUCGUACUCGAAGCCAUAAAAAGUAAAGGUGUUUCAUCUAUCGGGGCUGCUGGAUUUUGCUGGGGUGCUAAGGUUGUUACUGAACUCGCGAAAUCCGUACUUAUUCAAGCUGUUGUGCUAUUGCAUCCAUCGUUUGUCUCUGUGGAUGACAUAAAGGGUGUUGACAUUCCCAUUUCUAUACUUGGAGCUGAGAUUGACAAACUUUCUCCUCCAGAGCUUGUGAAACAGUUUGAAGAAAUUCUAUCUACUAAACCUGUGGCAAAUUUUGUGAAAAUAUUUCCUAAAGUUUCACAUGGUUGGACUGUGAGAUACGACCUGGAAGUUGCAGAAGCUGUGAAGGCUGCAGACGAGGCACAUCAGGACUUGCUGGACUGGUUUGCUAAACAUCUCAAAUGAGAAAUCUUUGUCAGUUGAUAUCGUAUGUAUCGACGUGUGUAUUUGAAGUGCAACAUGUUACUCAUUCCACAUAUCUUCAGUUUACACCAAAAUAAAUGCUUUAUUGUUGCAUGUUGGACACAGAUUAUUGAUAGAUUCAUCAGCGUAUUUGUAAAAAUAUAAUGUUGCUUCCUGUGGACAGUUGUGGUUUGAGAUAUUAAGAAAUCCUAUUUUAAGACUUCUA